AUGUUUAUAAUACUCAUCUUCAAGUUGUACUCUCCGCCAGAACUUUUGGCACUAGUCAGAGCCUCGAACCCCGAGUUGGCCUGGUGGGCAACUAUGGAACCAAGCAAAGCAGACACCAAAAUCCCCGCCUCCUUUUCCGAGCCUCCAUCCACCAAGACGCAGGCUACUGAGACGUCUACCAACUCAGGACAGUCUCCUAGGGCCAAGCAUGAUAUCGUGGAGCCUGUGGCACCAACGGUAGAGGUUAAUGAGAAAGGACAGCCCUUGACCCCCCGUGAUGGAGAAGAUUAUGAACCGCCUACCAGUCAUGAUAUGAUGGCGAUCAUGGCACCAACUGUUCAUAGAGAAGGAGGGGAAGAACAGGGCAAUCACUGGAGAAAGGAUGAUUAG